CAGCGGGUGCUGUCAUUUCCGUCUUGUCGCACGAUAUUAUUGUUUACAAUCUUUUCCAGAAAGUACGUAAUCUUUGGCUGAUUGUGAAAUCGACUAAAUCAUGACAUCCUCGAUCAUUCUGGCUGGGCUGGGCCUAGCCGUGGUUGGGUAUGGAGGAAGAGCGCUAAUGCGUCAAAUGCCCAAUGCCGCGACCAAAAUGCAGGAAGCCCUGAAAAAUAUGCCCAAGUUUGAUGCUGAAAUGAUGGCCAGCUCAAAGUACUACCGUGGGGGAUUCGAUGCUAAAAUGAACAAACGCGAAGCUUCCCUCAUCCUGGGCGUAAGCCCAUCCGCAUCCAAGGCAAAGGUCAAGGAUGCACACAAAAAGAUUAUGCUGUUGAAUCAUCCCGACCGUGGAGGUUCCCCGUACUUGGCCGCCAAGAUCAACGAGGCAAAGGACUUUAUGGACAAUACUAAGUAAAGCAUUAGCUAUGCGCAAUAACGAGAAUUGUACAAAGUAUCAAAUUAUUCGAUAAAAUAACGAGAAUAGUUGGUUAAUAGGUGAAAAA